CGAAGGCAACCAGAAGGCACUUGGACGGCGAAAGGAACACACAUCCUCACACCACGAGCAAGAGAGUGGAAUAGUGUGUUGAGUGUUUUCAUUCUUCCAGUCACUACCGUAGUCAUGUUCCUAGCGUGUGUUUUCGUGAGCAUUCUCCUCGCUCUUAUGCCGCAGGCGCACAGCCAUAUGUUAAUGGUGGAACCGCCAGCGAGGAACGCCAUGUCUCGCCUUGGCUACAGCAAUGUGCCGCCUCACCCUUACGAUGAUUACCUCGUUUGCAUCCAAACCCCGGAUGCCCGCUGCCCUCCCUGUGGCGACAAACCCGACACAGAGAAGCCCCGUCCUCAUGAAGCAGGAGGCAAGUGGGCCACAGGGACCAUUGUGAGGACCUACACUUUGGGCCAGACAAUCCAAGUGCAAGUGAACGUCACAAACAGUCAUGGCGGGAAGCUGAGGUUCAAGCUGUGUACUAAGGGCAGAUUAAACCGGCCUGUGAAACAGAGCUGCUUUGACGAGUAUCCCUUGACGAUAGGGGGUCGAAACUCAAAGGUGGUGCAACUGACUACUCCAUAUGGCUCCUCGGAGGUACUGAAUUUGUCUGUAAAGCUUCCAUUUGGCAUCACUUGUAAGCACUGUGUGCUGCAGAUGACAAACACUGCAAAAGAAUUUGAGCCAUCAGCAGUCAUGUUCCGCAACUGUGCUGACAUCGCCAUCAAGGGCACAGCCAAAACAAGCAUGGCUGGCGGUCCCCCGCUGGAGCAACCUCCCUCUGCAUUUGACUUACACACUCGCAGUGGCUUUGGCUCAGGAUAUGAAGAGCAGAAACAGUAUCGCUUCUAUGAUUAAGUGCCUUUUUCAUUCUGGCAUGUAUCAAAGAUCCUAUUUGCCAGUUCUGUAAUAUGUGACAGGCUUAGAAGAGUGAUUAAACUACAUGCACUUAUAAUGUAAGACUGUGGUUGCAUUCUAGAUUAGAGAAUAUGAAAUUAGGUAAGCAGUCUCUUUUUUAUCAGUAUCACACCAAGUGUCACAUCCCUCUCUCUCUCACACAAACACACACAUGCACACACACACACACACACACACACACACACACACACA